UGGGCCUGGGCGUGGACAUGGGCCUGGGCCUGGGCCUGGACCUGGACCUGGACCUGGGCCUGGACCUGGACCUGGGCCUGGACCUGGACCUGGGCCUCGGGCCGACACAUGACUGUGGCUCAGCGUGAUGUGAGGCGCUGCAUCAUGUAAACACAAAUGAGCAGCUGAGCGGUGACCUUCGACCUCUCUGUGAAUGAUCAGCCUCAGUACAGUUAGUCUAUCUAGGGUCAAAGGUCACAGCUGAUCCUUCAGCUCUCUUCACUCAGAGAACACAAAGAACUCUCUUCACUAAUAAUCAGUCAUUUCUUUACUGAUUGAUUGAUUGAUUGAUGUGGGAAGCUUCCAGGUGACGUUGGAUCCUGGACGUCAGACUGGACCUCGGGGAGGAGGGUCCUCAGACAGACCCGCCUCCCUGCAGAGGAUCCUCCUCCUCCUCCUCCUCCUGAGUCCGGAUCAGUACAGUCAGACAUCCAGAGAGGACUAGACGACCGACACCAUGAGGGAGACCAGCGUCACCAUGGCCGAUACCAAGACCCGGCCCGGGUCCACGUCAGACGAGCUCAUCUUCUUUGUUAAUGGGAAGAAGAUUGUUGAGAGAAACGCAGAUCCAGAGACGACCCUGCUGACAUACCUGAGGAGGAAGUUGGGUCUAACAGGCACUAAGCUGGGCUGUGCUGAGGGCGGCUGUGGAGCCUGUACUGUGAUGCUGUCCAGAUACCAAACACACUCUCAACAGCUGAUUCACUUUGCCGUUAACGCCUGUCUCGCCCCGCUCUGCUCCCUGCACCUGGUCGCCGUGACGACGGUGGAGGGCAUCGGCAGCGUGGCGAGGAAACUACAUCCUGUGCAGGAGCGCAUCGCGAAGGCUCACGGCUCUCAGUGUGGCUUCUGUACUCCGGGUAUCGUCAUGUCCAUGUACGCUCUGCUCAGGAACAACCCCAAACCCAACAUGUCUGACGUGGAGGAGGCCUUCCAUGGAAAUCUGUGUCGCUGCACCGGAUACAGACCCAUACUGGAGGGGUACAAGACCUUCACUGUGGAGGGGGGGUGCUGUGGUGGCCGGGGGCGGGACAGUGGCUGCUGUAUGGCCAAUGGGAACGGAGCUGAGACAGACGCUGAUGAAGCCACGACUCUGUUCAACACGGCAGACUUCGCGCCCUUUGACCCCACACAGGAAGUCAUCUUCCCUCCCGAGCUCAUGUCUCUGACCAAAGGUCAAAGGUCGGGCUCCCUCUGUUUCCAUGGCGACAGGAUGGUGUGGCUGCAGCCCGACAGUCUGGACGAGUUCCUGCGACUGAAGUGGGAACAUCCAGAGGCCCGAGUGGUGGUGGGAAACACCGAAGUGGGUAUCGAGGUGAAGUUUAAGAACAUGGUGUAUCCGGUCAUCUUGGCCCCGACCUUCAUCCCUGAGCUGAACGCAGUGACUCACACUGCAGACGGCGUCGUGUUCGGGGCAGCGUGCACGCUCAGCCACAUGGCGGCGGUGCUGAGGCAGGCCGUGGAGACUCUUCCUCCUCAUCAGACUGAAGUCUUCCUCGCCGUCCUGGAACAACUGCGCUGGUUCGCUGGACUGCAGAUACGCAACGUAGCGGCUGUUGGCGGAAAUAUCAUGACAGCGAGCCCCAUUUCAGACCUCAACCCAGUUUUUAUGGCAGCAGGCUGCAAACUGACAGUGAUGGCCAAGGAUGGCCGUCGCGAUGUUCGGAUGGACGACAGUUUCUUCACAGGCUACAGGAAGACGACUCUUCGCCCGCAGGAAGUUCUUCUGUCCAUCGAGAUCCCGCACAGCAGGAAGUCUCAGUUCGUCUCCGCCUACAAACAAUCGCCCCGCCGCGAGGAUGACAUCAGCGUCGUUACUGCAGCGAUGAGCGUCACCUUCACUCCAGGGUCCGAUGUGGUCGAGGACUUGAGGCUGAGCUACGGCGGCAUGGCGGCCACCACGGUGCUGGCGAAGAAGACGGCGAACAGACUGCUGGGACGGCGGUGGGGGGAGGAGCUACUGCAGGAGGCGUGUUCCUCACUGGCUGAGGAGAUGAACCUGGACCCCUCGGUGCCGGGCGGCAUGGUGACAUACCGCAGAACUUUGACCCUCAGCCUCUUCUACAAGUUCUACCUGUCGGUGCUGCAGAAGCUCCGAGCGCAGGGUGUGGAUGUGGACGAGGUCCCGUCAGACUGCCUGAGUGCUGCAGAGAUUUACCAUCCGGAGACUCCGUCCAGCGUUCAGGUCUACCAGGCGGUGCCAGAGGGGCGGAGCCAGGACGAUGCGGUGGGCCGUCCCAUGAUGCACCUGUCUGCUUUGAAGCAGGCGACGGGCGAAGCGGUUUACUGCGAUGACGUGCCGCUGUACGAAAACGAGCUCUACCUGGCGCUCGUCACCAGCAGCAAAGCGCACGCUAAGAUCCUCUCUGUAGACACCUCUGCAGCAGAGUGUAUGCCCGGCGUGGUCUGCUGCGUGUUCGCUGAUGACAUUCCCGGCAGUAACGCCACCGGACCGAUCGCGUACGACGAGACCGUCCUCGCUCAGCAACAGGUGACCUGUGUGGGUCACAUCAUCGGUGCCGUCGUGGCCGACACUCAACUUCAUGCUCAGAGAGCCGCCAAAGCUGUGAGGGUUCAAUACGAAGAGCUGCAGCCAGUCGUCACCAUCCAGGAAGCCAUCGCUGCCCAGUCCUUCUAUCAGCCAAUCAGAACCAUCCAGAAGGGAGACCUGGAGGCGGGGUUUAAACAGGCCGACCACAUCCUGGAAGGUGAGAUGCACAUUGGAGGUCAGGAACAUUUCUACCUGGAGACAAACGUCACUCUGGCUGUUCCGGGAGAAGACGGCGAGAUGGAGCUCUUCGUUUCUACUCAAGCUGCCUGCAAAACACAGUCGCUGGUGGCGAAGGUGUUGGACAUCCCUGCUAACAGGGUGGUGGUCCGGGUGAAGAGGAUGGGCGGAGGCUUCGGGGGGAAGGAGAGCCGGACGACCAUGUUGUCCACUGUGGUCGCCGUGGCAGCAAACAAGCUGAAGAGGCCCGUGAGGUGCAUGUUGGACCGAGACGAGGACAUGUUGAUCACUGGAGGAAGACAUCCGUUCUAUGGAAAAUACAAGGUGGGUUACCUGAGCAGCGGUAAGGUCGUUGCUCUGGAUGUGUCGUACUACAGUAAUGCUGGGAACUCGAUGGACCUCUCUCUGUCGGUCAUGGAGCGCGCUCUGUUCCACAUGGAGAACUCGUACAGCGUGGCAAACGUACGUGGCCGUGGCUACCUGUGCCGCACCAACCUGCCGUCCAACACCGCCUUCAGGGGCUUCGGAGGCCCACAAGGAAUGAUGGUGGCUGAGAACUGGAUGACGGAUGUAGCUCAGAGCCUGGGCCGGCCAGCCGAGGAGGUGCGCAGGUUAAACCUGUAUGUGGAAGGAGAGUCGACACCCUACAACCAGAUCCUGGACCAGUUCACCUUGGACCGCUGCUGGGACGAGUGCCUGUCCCGCUGUGGAUACCAGGAGCGCAGAGCCGCCGUCGACCUGUACAACAGACAGAACCGGUGGACUAAACGAGGACUCGCCAUCGUCCCCACCAAGUUUGGCAUCAGCUUCACUGCCGUCUUCCUCAACCAGGCCGGAGCUCUGGUCCACAUCUACACUGACGGCUCCGUGUUGACGACCCACGGGGGGACGGAGAUGGGACAGGGACUCCACACCAAGAUGGUCCAGGUUGCCAGCAGGGUUCUGGGUAUCCCCUGUUCAAAGAUCCACAUCUCAGAGACCAGCACCAACACGGUCCCCAACACCAGCCCCACUGCCGCCUCCGCCUCCUCGGACCUCAACGGAGCCGCUGUGCAGAACGCCUGUGAGAUCCUCAUGAAGCGUCUGGAACCGUACAAGACCAAGAACCCCAAAGGAUCAUGGGAAGACUGGGUGCGAGCAGCGUAUUUCGACAGAGUCAACCUCAGUACGAGUGGCUUUUAUAAGACUCCAGAUCUGGGCUACGACUUUGACACAAACUCCGGCCGAGCGUUCAACUACUUCAGCUACGGAGUGGCGUGUUCAGAGGUGGAGAUCGACUGUCUGACCGGAGCGCACAAGAACCUCAGCACCACCAUCGUGAUGGACGUCGGUCACAGCCUGAACCCAGCGAUCGACAUCGGACAGGUUGAGGGGGCGUUCAUGCAGGGUCUGGGUCUCUUCACCCUGGAGGAGCUUCAUUACUCGCCCCGCGGCGUCCUCCUCACUCGCGGUCCUGGUACUUAUAAGAUCCCGGCCUUCGGUGACAUUCCGACCCAUCUGACCGUCUCGCUGCUCCGCGACGCUCCAAAUGAAAAGGCCAUCUUUGCCUCCAAGGCUGUUGGUGAGCCGCCUCUGUUUCUGGCAGCGUCAGUUUUCUAUGCCAUCAAAGAUGCCAUCAGCGCCAGCCGGGCGGAGUCUGGCAUCAGCGGUCCCUUCAGACUGGACAGCCCCGCCUCUGCCGAGAGGAUCCGCAACGCCUGCUGCGACCGAUUCACCAAACUGUGUCCUCCUGCUGAGCCCGGUUCUUUCAGCCCCUGGUCCGUUCAAGUGUAAGACGUUCAGCCAGAGAGAGAAAACUACAAAACUACAAAAACACCAUGAGCCAUUUUCUACACGCACAAGUUACAGUCACGGAUCAGUUCCUCCCACCGGACGUGCUAAUGAUGCUAACUGCUGCUAGCUUGCGGUACAUGUUAGCAUCACGUUGUUUUGCAUGAUUGAAUCGUACACUGUAAAAAAUGUUACAUGAAAAAUUGAUGUUGUUGUGGAUGAAUCGUCAGGUCUGUAAUUAUCGAUUACAGUUCUGUUCUGUGAAUUCAAUAAAAGCUGUAGAAGCAGA